CACCCUUUAAUUAUUCCUGAACCCUAAUCCGUCGUCAUCUGUUAACACCGUCUUCAUAGUCUCUGCUUCGCCGUCGUCUUCAUCAUCUCCGCCUUCGUCGCCGUCGUCUUCUUAUCUUUUGGCUUCCCCCAUUCACAGCGCCGCCGCAUUCGUUUUCCUCUUUCGCUUUCCUUUGGCUUCCUCUCGUCCUUGUCUUAAGCCGUCGCCAUCUUCAUCUUCUUCAUCCCUGGCUUCGCCUUCCUCGCCGUGUCUUACUCUUCUUUCCACGAAGGACAAUACUGGCGCAGGCACUAGCCUACUAUAGACCAGGCUGGGAGUAGGAAAUUCGUGUACAGACUCCGCGAGUGCUAGGCCUUAAAAAAACCAACAAACACACCCUCAACUGAAGCCAUGGUUGCUAAUUGGGGCAAAGCUGGAGCGGCACCACCACAUGAACUUAAUGUGUGGAAAUUUGCAGAGUCUAGAGCUCCUGAGCUCCAGGGCCUUCAUUCUAUUGUUGCUCAGCGUUCGGACAAUAAUUUUCAGUCACAGAGGAACAAGAGAAGGAGAACUACAGGCCAUGACAAUCGGAUUGUAAGGAGAAAGUUCAGGAAAAGGCAGGCUGGAAAAGGAGAUUCGGAUCAAAUUGAUUCUGCGAGGAAAGAUGAAAGCCAACUUCCUCGUCGCAUUCGGAGAAAAAAUGAACUAAAAAAGAAUGCAUCGAGUGGAUUUGUUACAUCAGGAGAUGGGACUAAGAGAUUGAGGACACAUGUAUGGCAUGCAAAGCGGUUCACGAUGACAAAACUUUGGGGAUUCCACAUCCCUCUUGGACUUCAUGGCAGAGGGAGAGGCUCAAGAGCUCUAUUGAAAAAGUUAAAACAUGGAGUACUUAUUCACGAUGCAAGUUACUAUGGUUGUGUCCAAUUGGAAGGUUCAGAGGAUUCACUAGUGCUAGUUCUAAGUUCGGUGUUGGUGCCUUGCCCGCUUACAAUUAGUAAAGAAACUUCGAAAAAUAUUCUUGAUGGCACCAACUUUGGAAUAGCUAUGAUUCAUCAUGUUGGAAAACCAUUUGAUCCACCUAUUGCUCCAGUUACAUACAUGUGGCAACCGCUGCAACAGAUGUCUGCUAAUGUAGGAGGGUCUAACACGGACAUAUCUGAUAGCGAAGAAAUGGUUAAGAAUGAUAGUAUUAUCCGGAAAGUCUGGAUAUGGAUACAUGCUGCUGCUUUCAGAGAUGCAUAUGAUGCUUUGCGUCUUUCUAGUGAAAAGCCGGUGGAGACAGGUUCAGUUCAUUGUGUGUCUCGUGAAGGCCAGGUUGCGAAAUUGGAACUUGUGGGAUCAAAAGUAUUUGAGCUGCUUAACAAGACUCUUCAACCAGCAGCCUGCUUUGACAACUCAUGGUAUCUGAAGAAAUCUUUGGCUGAUAAACAUGAUGAUUCUGGGCCGUCAGUGAAGCGAUACAUGUUCGAGAAUGGAGAUCAAUUUUCUUCCCCAUCUGUUGAUUCUCUUCUUGUGAAAGAUCCCCGUACGUUUACCAACAAAGUGAAAGCUAUAGUUCCAGAAAGUAAACAUUUUGGUUAUGAGGAAUGUGAACUUAAAGAGCAAACAAUUUCACCACUUCCAAGGAAUGAAGUUGACUGUGUACUUGAGAAUUGUGAUUUGUGGGACUCUUCCAAAGAGUUAUACCCUCCUGUGGAAGAAAGUGUCCUAUCCAUGGAAAAACAGCAACGGCGUAUGGAGUUUGUUUGCCUUAGUCAAAGAGGUUCUGGAACUCAUAAAGCCUCAUCUGAUCUGAAAUAUUCUCCGGUGUGCCCCAUUCUGCUGUUGAAGAAUGAAAGCCGUGAAGAUUCGGUUACAAGGUGUUCAGUUAUUCUUCCCUUGACUUGGGUUAAAGCAUUUUGGCAUACUUUUACAUCAAAUGGUGCUCAUGCCAUAGGUUUAAGAGAAAAAUAUUGGGUUUCAUGUGCGACUGGAUUGCCAUAUUUUCCCUUGGACUUUCCUGAUUGCAAUGCAUACGUUCCUUCCAUGGCAGUGGAGUUGGACGCAUGUUCGGACAAAGCUGGUCUUCUUCCUCCCUCAGAGAAGCUGCUGGGAAAUCCACUACCACCGUCCUGGGAUCAUAUACAUCUAACUUUGGAAAAUAUAUCUCGUAAGUUAGAGAAUUCUCUAAGUCAAGUAGCAGAAUUUGGUGCUCAAAAUAGAAAAAUUGACAUGGAAAAAGACUCAGUUGAUGGAACAUCAGAGGGGGCUGUUUCAUUUCAGGGUAUAAUAUUUAGGACAUCCCAUAUGAUGAAUGAUUUUGUGAACGACACCAGUGGGAAUAAACAACUCCUAUUUCCAAAAUUGUUGGGUCAGAAGAAUUAUUUGCAUAAAUUUAUGAAAGAUGAUACAUUUCUCAAUCAAGAAACUGCUAUAUCCGCGACGAACAGCACCAAAACAUUGCACUAUCUCCGAGUUCUUAUAUGUGCUUACAGGAAAGGUGUUUUUGAACAAGGAGCUGUUGUUUGUGCACCACAUGUUACCGAUAUAAUGUCGUGCACAUCCAGAUCAGAAGGUGGUAACCAAGGUCUUCAAAUACCUCAGUCUUUACUGGAGCAACAAUUGAGUACACAACAACCUAAGUUGCAUGAGAAUCUGACACUUUCUGAGUCAUAUAGGUGGCCUAUUGGCUUCAUUACAACUGGCUUUGUUCGAGGAAGGCAAAAGGCAAUGGCUGGAGCUCUUUGUGAGGCUAGCUUACUUUGUAUGCUCCGGGAGGAACAGUGGAAAGCAUUUCCUGCGAGGCAAAGGAAGAAAGAGAUAUAUGUUUUGGUUAGAAAUAAGAGAUCAACAGCUUAUCGACUUGGUCUUGCCACUAUCGUUCUUGAAGAACAGGAAGCUGAUCUCAAAUUCCUGUGAUCAAUUUGCUGUGGAAUAUGCAGCAUAGCUGAGACUUGGCCAAUAGUAUUUGAUCUCAGCGAACUUCAGGUUCAAAAAGUGCACUUCUCAUUUUUAUAUCACCAAACAUCUGCUGAUUGGAGGAGAUACUUUAUAACAAAGGCACUUAAAGAACAUAUAGAGAGAGAAAUUGUAACAAUGCAAUAACAACCAUGUUCAUCAAACAGUUAAAGCUGAAGCCGCUCCGGUAACUCUGAAUACAAAGCAGCUGUUGUCUUUUGAAGACAAGGCUGAUCCUUUGAAGUGUGCUUUCAUCAGAAGUGGUAUUACUGAGUGAUAAUUCUUCUAUAUUUCUUCACAAUAACAAACAGGUUCCACCACUUUUGUUGUUUAAGCUUGUUUUUCUGCUCUAUGCAAACCAAAAGACUCUCCACAGUUUUUUACUUGAUUUAUUCUACUGAAUUAGCUAGUUUGAUCGCUUUCUUGAUUACCAUGAUAUAGUAGUAGAAAGUCACAAGCUCCAACUUUAAAAUACUAUUAGCCUGUUCGUUCUUUUUCAUUUUCUCCCUCUCCCUUUCUGUCUGUCUGUUUCUAUGCCUGCCUUUUUGUCUUUUCCCUUUUUUCUCUUGUAUAUAUGCUCAUGUACUCUUCUUGUAGAAAAUAACAAUUUUCAGACUACACUAUCUCCUUAUCUGCAGAAUAUUAAGUUGUUGCUGCAUUGAUCUAAUUAAUUUCGGUCAAUAUUUCAGACAAUGUAGCCGUGGUAGCUUCAAAGUUAUUACUCAAAACUGUCUGUUUACAUUUAACUACAAUUGAUGCAGUUUCUGAAACCAUUUGUCUUCUGUUACAGUUUUUGAAAUAUGAUGUAUUGGAUAUGCAGCUCUGCUUUAAUAAUAUUGGUGGUGAUGAGUAUCCUUUUCUAUUAAUGUACUAAUUGUGUAGGACUGAUGGAAAUGUUGGAAGCGGAAGCAAAAUGUAGUACAUUGAAUGUAAUAACUGCUGUUCAAGAGCAGCGUCAAAGGUCUUUUUCCUGAUGUUUAUGAUGCUCUUGGUCCUGUAUUUUCUUCGCUGUCAGCAUUUAUAUGUAUGACACCUUGUUAAUGCUCUACUUCUUGAUGAUGCAAGUACCAAAGGAAAUCUUCGAGGCCAAUUUGAGUAGCUAAUUACUCAGGUCAACUUAGGAUGAAAUGUACGUAUAGCAUUUUGAUGCAAACCGCCCCUAUUCUUCUUACAUUGAAUGUUACCUAAUUUAUAGCACAUAGUAUUAUCUCAUUUAGAGGAUUUUAAGAAAUGUAGAAUGUCCAAAUUUUGUUC